CCCUCCCCCGCUCCCGCCCCCAGUCCUGGACUCGUGGAGUCUGGAGCGGCGGCAGGAGCUGGCGGGAGGAGGGGACUCCUCCGCCAGUCCGUGCCUUUCUUUUUGCGCUGCGAGUCCGGCUCCUGCUGCGGCGGCUGCAGAGCCCAAGCCUGAGCCCGGGCGGGAAGCGGGGGAAGGCGGCGGCACGUCCCCGAGCUGCCCGCCGAGCUCUGGGGGCUUUGGGGCAGGGCUGGGGGCCUGGACUGACUGACCCUGUGCCCUCGGGGCUAUUCUAACUUAGGGGGGCUUGCCUCCUCCUGGCCCGGCUCAGCUUCUUGCAUGGAUACAUCAUGGCUACGCUUGUUUGCAGGGUGCAGUUCCUAGAUGAUACCGACCCUUUCAACAGCACCAACUUUCCCGAGCCUAGCCGGCCUCCGCUGUACACUUUCCGGGAGGACAUCGCCCUCGUUACCCAACUGGCUGGGAUUCACCGAUUGCUUCGGGCACCCCACAAGCUUGAUGACUGCACACUUCAGCUUUCUCACAAUGGCACAUAUUUGGAUUUGGAAUCAACUUUAGCUGAGCAAAGAGAUGAACUGGAAGGCUUCCAGGAGGAUGCUGGGAGGGGUAAGAAGCAUAGUAUAAUCUUAAGGACCCAGCUGUCAGUGAGAGUCCAUGCCUGCAUUGAAAAGCUGUACAAUUCCAGUGGACGAGAGUUAAGACGGGCUCUUUUUUCCUUGAAGCAGAUAUUUCAGGAUGACAAGGACUUGGUGCAUGAAUUUGUUGUGGCUGAAGGUCUGACUUGCUUAAUAAAAGUGGGAGCUGAGGCAGACCAGAAUUAUCAAAACUACAUCCUUAGAGCUUUGGGCCAGAUUAUGUUGUAUGUAGACGGGAUGAAUGGAGUCAUAAAUCAUAAUGAAACCAUUCAAUGGCUGUAUACUCUCAUUGGUUCAAAGUUCCGCCUAGUGGUGAAGACUGCCCUGAAGUUACUGCUGGUGUUUGUGGAGUACACUGAAUCAAAUGCACCCCUUUUAAUUCAGGCUGUCUCCUCAGUCGAUACAGAAAGAGGAGUCAAGCCAUGGUCUAAUAUAAUGGAGAUCUUGGAAGAGAAAGAUGGGGUUGACACCGAACUGCUGGUUUAUGCCAUGACUUUAGUGAAUAAGACUCUUUCAGGAUUGCCAGAUCAAGAUGCUUUCUACGAUGUUGUAGAUUGUCUGGAGGAGCUCGGCAUUGAAGCCAUUUCUCAGAGACAUUUGAACAAGAAAGGCACAGACUUGGACUUGGUGGAACAAUUUAACAUCUAUGAGAUGACACUGAGACAUGAAGAUGGUGAUGAGAAUGCUGAACCUCCCCCCAAUGGACGGAAAGACCGGCGAAGGGCUAGUCUGGGUUCAAGUGAACAUCGGGGAUUAAAUCGAAGAAGGAGCCGGAGGCACUCAGUUCAGAGUGUUAAAAGCACUUUAUCAGCUCCUACUAGUCCCUGUAACCAGCCAGCUCCUAGCUUCAAGCUCAGCCAAAGUCAUCCUGUUGGAGAUCUCAGUGAAAAAGAGGAGGAGGAGGAGGAAUUUGAAGAAGAAGAAGAGCAACCAAUCACAGAACCCAAUUCAGAGGAUGAGAGAGAGGAAGAUGCCUCCUGUCAGGUUAAAGACAGUGAAGUCAACUCUCCUUCAGAGUUAAAGCAAGUUGAAAAUGAUAACAUUUCAGAGAGUUCUGAAAUGUCAGCUGCCACAAGUGCAGUGACUCAAGAACAAUGGCUUCCUCCAAGUGUUAAAUCAAAGUGUCCAUCUUACAACUCAUCAUUUGUGCCUGGUUCAUCUCCUGGAUCAUCCCCCCAUCAUGUUUCUCAUUCACCAUCCUCAUCUGCAUCAGGUUUUACGACUUCCUCAUCAACGUCUACCAAUCAGAAAGCAUCUCCAGUGGUAGAAAAGUUGCCUUAUGUACCACAUACUCCUUUUCACCUUUUCUCUUAUGAUUUUGAGGACUCUCCUUUAACUGCAAAAGAAAAGGAAAGAGAAGCCCAGAAAGAAAACAGCGCGUCAGACCCUGUACAUUUGAACAAGUACCCUGAUUCUGAUUCUGAUCCCUACAAUUUCCGGUCUUUUUCUUCUAAUAGAUACAGCAACUACAGCAACAGCUCUUAUCUCUCCACAAGAGGUUAUUCAGGAUCGAGUGCACCUACGACGCCUACUUCAUCCCUCUCACCACACCAGGAGGCCAAAUCAGAACGGUCAUCAUUGAGUGGUCUUCUGACGUCAUCAUUUCGUCAACACCAAGAGUCGUUAGCGGCAGAGAGAGAGAGGCGACGGCAGGAGAGAGAAGAGAGGUUGCAAAGGAUAGAACGGGAAGAAAGAAACAAAUUCAAUCGAGAUUAUUUAGACAAAAGAGAGGAGCAAAGACAAGCAAGAGAAGAAAGAUACAAAUACUUGGAGCAGUUGGCAACCGAGGAGUAUGAGAAGGAGCUGAGAAGUCGGAGUACAAGCCGAGGCAGGACUGAGCUCUGCUUAGACUUGAGUGCUCCUGCUGCCCCGUCCUCUCCAGUUCCUAAGUGCAUUAGCCCACCAUCUCUCCAGUCCCAAGAGGAGCUGAAAGGAACUUCAACAUCCCAGGCAACAACCCAGCCUGUCGAAGUGAGUGCAAGUGACCCUGACCCCGAAGCAGAGGCUGAGACAGAAAGAGUGGAAGCAGAAGGACACAAAGCUGAGGCCGGAGUGGAGCAGAGGGCGGAUGUGCCGCAUCAGGAAGCGUUAUGUCGGCAAGGGGGACCAAGAAGUGAGGGGACCCAAGGACCAGAAGAAAGUGCAAUACUCAGCGAGAAGGAAAGGCAGAAUGAAGAAGUGAAUGAAAAAGACAACUGCUCAGCCUCCAGCAUUUCCUCCACAAGCAGCACUUUAGAGAGAGAAGAGAAAGAGAACAAGUUAACCAGUGAUAAUGAAGCUGGUCUAUGGUCACAGACCAUUCAGGAUGCUGGUGUAAAUGAGCAGUGUAGCAACAUCCUCAACAACAAGCGGUUUAUGCUGGACAUGUUGUAUGCCCAUAAUAAAAAACCCAAGGAUGAAGAGGAGAAAGAGCCGGAGAAGGUGGAGGAGAAGAAGAGGACAGAAGAAGAUGAGGAGUCCAUCACCUGUGUAGCCAGUAGGAUCUCUGUUCUCCAGUCCAGCACACAGGCUAAAGAUGAGAAUGUCAAGAAGAUGGAUAUUGAAAAUUUGGAUAACCAGGGCAGCGUAAAAGCCUUUGCUGAGAAAUUCAACAGCGGUGAGCUCACGAAAGGCACAGCCUCAUCAGAGGCGGGAAUUGGUGAACAGGUCUCUGAAAAGACACAAGCACAACCAAAGAAGGAGUCGGACUACAUUUGGGAUCAGCUCAUGGCAAAUCCUAGGGAACUGAAAAUCAAAGAGAUGGACUUUACAGACUUGGGAGAUGAGGAUGAUAUAGAUGUUUUGGACAUGGAUUGGGGUCCUAGGGACUCGCUCAUUCCUCCUCCUCCACCUCCACCUUCCUUUUUGUGUUUGCCUCCACCUCCCCCUCCCCCUCUUUUUGAUUGCUCAUCUCCAACUCCAGCCCCUGCUAAUUUAUUGGCUCCUCCCCCAAUGUUUGGCACUCCUCAGGGUUUAGGGUGGCCCCAGGUUCCUAGGGGUCAGCCAGCAUUCACAAAGAAGAAGAAAACCAUCCGUCUCUUUUGGAAUGAGGUGCGGCCAUUUGAGUGGCAGUGUAAAAACAAACGCUGCAGAGAAUUCCUGUGGUCGAAACUGGAACCCAUUAAAGUGGAUACUUCCAAACUGGAGCACCUCUUUGAGUCUAAAUCCAAGGAACUGUCUGUCACAAAGAAAACUGCUGCAGAUGGAAAACGACAAGAAAUCAUUGUUUUGGACUCCAAGCGAAGUAAUGCUAUUAACAUUGGUCUGACUGUGUUACCCCCUCCGAGGACAAUCAAGAUUGCCAUUUUGAAUUUCGAUGAGUAUGCCUUAAACAAAGAAGGCAUUGAGAAAAUUCUCACCAUGAUUCCCACUGAGGAGGAAAAGCAAAAAAUUCAGGAGGCCCAGAUGGCCAACCCAGAUCUCCCCCUAGGCAGCGCUGAACAGUUCCUCCUCACGCUUUCCUCCAUCAGUGAACUGUCUGCCAGACUCCAACUCUGGGCUUUCAAAAUGGACUACGAAAUCAUUGAAAAGGAGGUGGCUGAACCACUUUUGGACCUGAAGGAAGGAAUAGAUCAAUUGGAAAAUAAUAAAACCCUGGGAUUCAUUCUGUCUACUUUGUUAGCCAUUGGGAACUUCCUCAAUGGUUCUAACGCCAAAGCAUUUGAGUUGAGCUACCUCGAGAAGGUUCCAGAGGUCAAAGACACUGUGCACAAACAGUCUCUCCUUCACCAUGUGUGCACAAUGGUGGUGGAAAAUUUCCCAGACAGUACAGAUCUAUAUUCCGAGAUUGGGGCCAUCACUAGGUCAGCCAAGGUUGACUUUGAUCAACUUCAAGACAACUUGUGUCAGAUGGAACGAAGAUGCAAAGCAUCCUGGGAUCACCUCAAGGCAAUCGCCAAACAUGAAAUGAAACCAGUUCUAAAGCAAAGAAUGUCUGAGUUCCUGAAAGAUUGUGCAGAAAGAAUUAUAAUUCUGAAGAUUGUUCACAGAAGAAUAAUCAACAGAUUCCAUUCCUUCUUACUGUUUAUGGGCCACCCCCCCUACGCGAUCCGUGAUGUGAACAUUAAUAAGUUCUGUCGAAUCAUCAGCGAGUUUGCCCUGGAAUAUCGCACUACCCGGGAGCGGGCCUUACAGCAGAAACAGAAACGAGCAAACCACAGAGAGAGAAACAAGACCCGAGGGAAAAUGAUCACUGAUACUGAUGAAGAUGAUGAAGUUGAGACCGGAAAAUUCUCCAGCAGUUCCGCUCCCUCCCAGAGCCAACCCCAGGGACUGGAAUACGCAGAAGAUGCAGCUGAACAUGAGAACAUGAAGGCUGUGCUGAAAACUUCCUCCAUUGGUGAAGAAGGUAGCUCGGUGCUGGGCGUGAGGACACGAAGCCGAGCCAGCAGAGGCUCUACCAGCAGCACAUGGCAGGCCGGCACUGAUGACUCACCGAACGUGACGGAUGAUGCAGCAGAUGAGAUCAUGGAUCGCAUUGUCAAGUCGGCCACCCAAGUGCCCAGUCAACGAGUGGUGCCAAGAGAAAGAAAACGAUCACGGGCAAAUAGAAAAUCACUAAGAAGAACUCUGAAGAGUGGACUAACACCAGAAGAAGCCAGAGCACUAGGCCUCGUCAGCACUUCUGAAAUGCAGCUGUGAUGUCAGCAGAGGUGAUAACAAGAACUCUCUCCUCCCUAAGAUCAAGAUAAACUCUUCCACGUGGCACCUCCCCUGGGCCCGUGGGUGCAUAACAUAGUGGCCCAUGUGGUUUAAUUGUUACAAAAUGUAUAGCUGGGAUAAAAGGGGGCAUCACCAUGCCCAACAAAAAUCAGCCUGACGGUUAUGAAAAGGAGUGUCUGUAUUUCUAGGCAACUUCACACAACUUGUUUUCUCAAUAUAGAUGGGCAUGGAUACCACACAUCUCCUUUAUAUCACCUCUUUACCACAUCAGCUCCGUUCAUGUUGGUUUUCUCUGUGAUUUGGUUCAAUAGCUCUAAUGUGUGACAUCUUUUCAGUGUAGGCAGCAGGCCCUUCAGAUAUAAAUGACUCCUGUUAUCACUCCCAUGAUGUGUUGUGUACUCAUGUAAAACAGGGUCUAUACAACACCAAAGUACAUGGAUCGGAAGUGAAAAGUUGCACACCAGAGAAAACCCAGAUGUCUGUUUCAGGAAUUCUAGAUGUUGUAAAUGUUUAUGCAAAUUCAGAAAUGCACGACACAUUUCAAAUAUUAAAUAAAUAGAGUUCAGUGAUAUUA